AUGAAGGGCUUUACAGACACGCUGUGGGAGGUUUUCACUGGCUGGUGGUCCGUCCCCGUCAGGCUGGUGGUCCGUCCCCGUCAGGCUGGUGGUCCGUCCAGUCAGGCUGGUGGUCUGUCCCGUCAGGCUGGUGGUCCGUCCAGUCAGGCUGGUGGUCCGUCCAGUCAGGCUGGUGGUCUGUCGUGUCAGGCUGGUGGUCCGUCCCGUCAGGCUGGUGGUCCGUCCAGUCAGGCUGGUGGUCUGUCCCGUCAGGCUGGUGGUCCGUCGUGUCAGGCUGGUGGUCUGUCCCGUCAGGCUGGUGGUCCGUCCAGUCAGGCUGGUGGUCUGUCCCGUCAGGCUGGUGGUCCGUCCAGUCAGGCUGGUGGUCUGUCCCGUCAGGCUGGUGGUCCGUCGUGUCAGGCUGGUGGUCCGUCCCGUCAGGCUGGUCCCGUCAGGCUGGCCCCAUCAUACUGGUGGUCCGUCCCGUCAGGCUGGUCCCGUCAGACUGGUGGUCCAUCCCGUCAGGCUGGUGGUCCGUCCCAUCAGGCUUGCGGUCCGUCCCGUCAGACUGGUGGUCCGUCCCGUCAGGCUGGUGGUCCGUCCCGUCAGGCGGGUGGUCCGUCCCAUCAGGCUUGUGGUCCGUCCCGUCAGGCUGGCCCGGUCAGACUGGUGGUCCGUCCCGUCAGACUGGUGGUCCGUCCCCGUCAGGCUGGUGGUCCGUCCCCGUCAGACUGGUGGUCCGUCCCGUCAGGCUGGUCCCAUCAGGCUGGUGGUCCGUCCCGUCAGGCUGGUGGUCCGUCCCCAUCAGGCUGGUCCCGUCAGGCUGGUCCCGUCGUCCGACUGGUGGUCCGUCCCUGUCAGGCUGGUGGUCUGUCCCGUCAGGCUGGUGGUCCGUCCCGUCAGGCUGGUGGUCCGUCCUGUCCGGCUGGUGGUCCGUCCCCGUCAGGCUGGUCCCGUCCGACUGGUGGUCCGUCCCUGUCAGGCUGGUGGUCUGUCCCGUCAGGCUGGUGGUCCGUCGUGUCAGGCUGGUGGUCCGUCCCGUCAGGCUGGUCCCGUCAGGCUGGCCCCAUCAUACUGGUGGUCCGUCCCGUCAGGCUGGUCCCGUCAGGCUGGUGGUCCGUCCCGUCAGGCGGGUGGUCCGUCCCAUCAGGCUUGUGGUCCGUCCCGUCAGGCUGGCCCGGUCAGACUGGUGGUCCGUCCCGUCAGACUGGUGGUCCGUCCCCGUCAGGCUGGUGGUCCGUCCCCGUCAGACUGGUGGUCCGUCCCGUCAGGCUGGUCCCAUCAGGCUGGUGGUCCGUCCCGUCAGGCUGGUGGUCCGUCCCCAUCAGGCUGGUGGUCCGUCCAGUCAGGCUGGUGGUCUGUCCCGUCAGGCUGGUGGUCCGUCGUGUCAGGCUGGUGGUCUGUCCCGUCAGGCUGGUGGUCCGUCCAGUCAGGCUGGUGGUCUGUCCCGUCAGGCUGGUGGUCCGUCCAGUCAGGCUGGUGGUCUGUCCCGUCAGGCUGGUGGUCCGUCGUGUCAGGCUGGUGGUCCGUCCCGUCAGGCUGGUCCCGUCAGGCUGGCCCCAUCAUACUGGUGGUCCGUCCCGUCAGGCUGGUCCCGUCAGACUGGUGGUCCAUCCCGUCAGGCUGGUGGUCCGUCCCAUCAGGCUUGCGGUCCGUCCCGUCAGACUGGUGGUCCGUCCCGUCAGGCUGGUGGUCCGUCCCGUCAGGCGGGUGGUCCGUCCCAUCAGGCUGGUGGUCCGUCCAGUCAGGCUGGUGGUCUGUCCCGUCAGGCUGGUGGUCCGUCCAGUCAGGCUGGUGGUCUGUCCCGUCAGGCUGGUGGUCCGUCCAGUCAGGCUGGUGGUCUGUCCCGUCAGGCUGGUGGUCCGUCCAGUCAGGCUGGUCCCGUCAGACUGGUGGUCCAUCCCGUCAGGCUGGUGGUCCGUCCCAUCAGGCUUGCGGUCCGUCCCGUCAGACUGGUGGUCCGUCCGUCAGGCUGGUGGUCCGUCCCGUCAGGCGGGUGGUCCGUCCCAUCAGGCUUGUGGUCCGUCCCGUCAGGCUGGCCCGGUCAGACUGGUGGUCCGUCCCGUCAGACUGGUGGUCCGUCCCCGUCAGGCUGGUGGUCCGUCCCCGUCAGACUGGUGGUCCGUCCCGUCAGGCUGGUCCCAUCAGGCUGGUGGUCCGUCCCGUCAGGCUGGUGGUCCGUCCCCAUCAGGCUGGUGGUCUGUCCCGUCAGGCUGGUGGUCCGUCCAGUCAGGCUGGUGGUCUGUCCCGUCAGGCUGGUGGUCCGUCCAGUCAGGCUGGUGGUCUGUCCCGUCAGGCUGGUGGUCCGUCCAGUCAGGCUGGUGGUCUGUCCCGUCAGGCUGGUGGUCCGUCCAGUCAGGCUGGUGGUCUGUCCCGUCAGGCUGGUGGUCCGUCGUGUCAGGCUGGUCCCGUCAGGCUGGCCCCAUCAUACUGGUGGUCCGUCCCGUCAGGCUGGUCCCGUCAGACUGGUGGUCCAUCCCGUCAGGCUGGUGGUCCGUCCCAUCAGGCUUGCGGUCCGUCCCGUCAGGCUGGUCCCGUCAGGCUGGCCCCAUCAUACUGGUGGUCCGUCCCGUCAGGCUGGUCCCGUCAGACUGGUGGUCCAUCCCGUCAGGCUGGUGGUCUGUCCCGUCAGGCUGGUGGUCCGUCCCGUCAGGCUGGUCCCGUCAGGCUGGCCCCAUCAUACUGGUGGUCCGUCCCGUCAGGCUGGUCCCGUCAGACUGGUGGUCCAUCCCGUCAGGCUGGUGGUCCGUCCCAUCAGGCUUGCGGUCCGUCCCGUCAGACUGGUGGUCCGUCCCGUCAGGCUGGUGGUCCGUCCCGUCAGGCGGGUGGUCCGUCCCAUCAGGCUUGUGGUCCGUCCCGUCAGGCUGGCCCGGUCAGACUGGUGGUCCGUCCCGUCAGACUGGUGGUCCGUCCCCGUCAGGCUGGUGGUCCGUCCCCGUCAGACUGGUGGUCCGUCCCGUCAGGCUGGUCCCAUCAGGCUGGUGGUCCGUCCCGUCAGGCUGGUGGUCCGUCCCCAUCAGGCUGGUCCCGUCAGGCUGGUCCCGUCCGACUGGUGGUCCGUCCCUGUCAGGCUGGUGGUCUGUCCCGUCAGGCUGGUGGUCCGUCCCAUCAGGCUGGUGGUCCGUCCUGUCCGGCUGGUGGUCCGUCCCCGUCAGGCUGGUCCCGUCCGACUGGUGGUCCGUCCCUGUCAGGCUGGUGGUCCGUCCCGUCAGGCUGGUGGUCCGUCCCCGUCAGGCUGGUCCCGUCAGGCUGGUCCCGUCAGGCUGGUCCACUCAGACUGGUGGUCCGCCCCGUCAGGCUGGUCCCGUCAGACUGGUGGUCCGUCCCGUCAGGCUGGUGGUCCGUUCCGUCAGGCUGGUGGUCCGUCCCGUCAGGCUGGUGGUCCGUCCCAUCAGGCUGGUCCCGUCAGGCUGGUGGUCCGUCCCGUCAGGUUGGUGGUCCGUCCCAUCAGGCUGGUCCCGUCAGGCUGGUGGUCCGUCCCUUCAGGCUGGUGGUCCGUCCCGUCAGGCUGGUGGUCCGUCCCAUCAGGCUGGUCCCGUCAGGCUGGUGGUCCGUCCCAUCAGGCUGGUCCCGUCAGGCUGGUGGUCCGUCCCUUCAGACGGCCACUAG